AUGAAUUGUUCUGCGACAGGAAGUUCAAAACUUCCGCCCGAUGUAGAGGAAAACUAUUACCUUGUUCCCAAAGGGGAAGCGCAAUAUCGUAAGGAUGCCAUCAUAUCUGGCGUAAAGAUGUGGUGGAGCCAAAUAAGAAUUGAUGGCGGUAUUGGUCAAGGUGUAACUUAUACGCAGUACAACGUUGGCAAACCGAUUUCUUGGUUUACGAGGAUGGCAUGGGCGACAACCCGGACUUUUGGUUGCGGUGUGAGAUCAUGUGGCAACAAAUGGUCUGUGGUAUGUCACUACAAACCGGGUGGAAACAAACUCAAUCAAGUUAUCUACAAGAAAGGAGAGCCAUGCUCACAAUGCCCUGGUAAUACCUACUGUGAUUCUAAUACGAAACUUUGUGUUCCUGUUUCUGCAGCAACAUGA